GGCCUCACCACUCCGCGGUGACGCUGCGACAGGGCCGCUGAUCACCUCGAGUCGAUUCAUAACCCACGCAUCCCCUCCCAAUUGUCAAUCCUGCGAAUCAUAAAGGGGCCCCCUCUCCCAUUCCCUGUCUCUUCAUCUGCCGGUACCUAACAAUCGUACAAUUCGUCCCCGGUGACUCUUUCGAUGCAGGUGGAGGCGGAGAACAUCUCAUUCUCUCGUCUUAAUCUCAAGGCAGCGGGUCCUGCUGUUGCAUAAAUAUCCUCCCACGCCCAACUUGCGGUUCUUGAUUCACAGAAAACCACGUCCUUUAUUACUUCUUAUCCUUAUUUUAUCAUCAAUUGCUUCGUCUUAAUAAAUAAACACUUCAACGUGGUCCAUAUUCGACGAGGCACUAGCGGAUGCCAUGUCCGCAUCGUCUCCAUCACCUGACACCGCCCAAGCAGAAAAGAUUGCCGUCUCUGACACCACCCCUCCUCAACCUUUAGGCGGUAAGAAACCUCACGAAGGCAUUGUCCCAGAAGUCGCCACCGAAGAUGAUGGAGGCUCGACCGAUGGUCUGGAGAGAUGGAACAGCCCCAGGAUCAACACAUACCGCUUCGUAGCCACUAAUUUGGCCAUGCUUAUUAUGGGUAUGAACGAUGCCUGUCUCGGAGCUCUUAUCCCUUAUAUUGAAACCUACUACGGCCUCAACUAUACGACCGUCUCAACCGUCUUCGCCGUCCCCUUCGUCGCCUAUCUCCUUGCCGCCCUCACCAACAACUGGCUGCAUUACACCAUCGGGCAGCGUGGCGUUGCGUUCCUAGGCCCCGUGUGUCGCCUCAUCGGUUACAUCCCCAUCGCACUGCACCCGCCCUUCCCCGUGCUACCGGUCGCCCUGCUCUUCGCCGCCUUUGGCAACGGCAUCGAGGACAGCGCCUACAAUGCCUGGGUUGGCAACAUGCACAACGCCAACGAGCUGCUCGGCUUCCUUCACGGCUCCUACGGACUGGGUGGUACCAUUGCCCCCCUGAUUGCGUCUGCCAUGGUCACCAAGGCCAAUCUCGAGUGGUACUCCUUCUUCUACAUCAUGAUAGGCGUCGUCGUUGUCGAGUUCUUCUUCGGCAUGACGGCCUUCUGGGGGGCCACAGGGGCCGCGUACCGCCAACGGCUCAAGUACGACCAGGGCAAGCCACGAACCACGACGCGGAUGGCGAUGCGGCAACCCAUCACCUGGCUUGUGGCCUUGUUCCUCCUGGGCUACGUCGGGGCCGAGGUGAGUCUCGGGGGCUGGAUCGUCACCUUUAUGCUUCGAGUGCGUCACGCCGAGCCAUUUCUGGCCGGCCUGACCGUGACGCUCUUCUGGCUGGGCCUCACGAUAGGCCGUGUCGCCUUAGGCUUUGCUACGGGGCGGAUUGGAGAGAAGCUGGCUAUUGUAGUGUAUCUCGUCCUCUCCAUCGGCCUAGAGCUGCUGUACUGGCUCGUCCCCAACUUUGCUGCAUCCGUCGUCUUUGUUAUGCUCCUUGGUGUCUUCCUAGGCCCAUUGUUUCCCGCAGCUGUCGUCGUGGCCACGAAGUUGCUGCCCGCCGACUAUCAUGUAAGUGCCAUCGGAUUCGCGGCAGCUCUUGGAGGGGGCGGAGCAUCCUUGUUCCCGUUUGCCGUGGGAGCCAUCGCCCAGCAUAAGGGCGUGGAGGUUCUACAGCCCGUCGUGUUGGCCAUACUCGUCUUCAUAAUUGUUAUCUGGUUGCUGCUUCCGGGAGGUUUUAAGAAGGGCGGCCUGGAGAGAGCACGAGAAGAGAAGGCGAAACCCGGAGGGAUAAUGACGUUACAUGACCGAGGGGUUGUCGGAGUUGGAGGUCCCUCCCUGCACAUGCGUUUGCGCUAUCUUAUCAAUCGUCUCAGUGACAACUGGAGGGGGAAAAAAGAUCUUGAACUACUCCUCCCUCCACCACCAAAGUGUCGCGCGCUAGAAGACGCCGUGGAGGACGUGAUCUCUCGUUUUGUUUCUGAAAUCCUCGCCCACCCACCUCGAAUCGACAAUCGUAUCCCCCUGAACAUCAUCCUUCGCCGUCCGCCAGGCCAGAGGCCAUCCAUCCCAUCGCAUCCCCUCGCAUCUCAUCCCGCUUCAACCAUGUCGCCGACGUCGGCCCCUCCUCCGGCCUCCGCAUCCGAAUCCGCAUCCGCAUCCGCCAACAUGCCCUCCUCUGCCGCUUCUCCUCCGUCCGCUCGAAUCUCCGCCCUCCCGCCCUUCAAGCCCGACCUUCACGAACGAGCCUGGGCGUCCGUCCCCCACCCGACGUUGCCCCUCAUCGCCACUGCCCACUCCAAGAGUGUUACCGUCUUCUCACUCUCAACCGCCUCCGCCCACAGCGCCCUCGCCGGCGGCCACACUCGCUCCGUCCGCUCCGUCGCCUGGAAGCCCAAUCUGUCACCGCACAAGCUGUGCCUUGUCUCCGGUAGCUUUGACUCCACUGCCGGCAUCUGGCGCUGGGACGGCGACGUCGGCGACGACGCGGCGGGGAAUGAUGGGAGCCUCGAGGUCGAAGUGACUGCUCGCAGUGUGAGCAAGGCAAACCGAGACAACAGUGACGAUGACGGCGACUCCAAACCCGGCGACAAGGACUGGGAAUUUACGCUCGUCCUCGAGGGUCACGACUCGGAGAUCAAGUCGUGCACCUUUUCCCCUUCAGGCUCGUACCUCGCCACAUGUUCGCGUGACAAAUCCGUCUGGAUCUGGGAGGAUAUUGGAGCGACAGAGGCCGACGAUGAGUGGGAAACUAUCGCCGUCCUGAAUGAGCACGAGGGAGACGUCAAAGCCGUAGCCUGGUGCCCCGACGUCCCUGGCCGCAACGCCCGCCGCCGCUACGGUGCAGAUGUCCUCGCCAGCGCCAGCUACGACAACACCGUCCGCAUCUGGCGCGAGGACGGUGACGCCGAAUGGGUCUGCGUUGCCGUCCUCGAGGGUCACGAAGGUACCGUCUGGGGGCUACAGUGGGAGGGCCGUCCGCGUGCCGGUGAGCGUUUCCCGCGGCUCAUGACCUUCUCGGCUGACGGGACCAUCCGCGUGUGGACACUCACGGAGGACGACGCCGAUGCGGACGAGGAUGGCGCAGGAGCUAGGUCGGCCAGCGCCCUGGGCGGCAUCCCCAACACUAUGCGAAGGUCUCUGCGUGAGGAGUGGACCUGUACGGCUACCCUGCCCAAGGCGCACAGCCGCGACAUCUACUCGGUGGCCUGGAGCGGCGAGUCCGGCCUGGUGGCCAGCACUGGCAGCGACGGCAUCGUGGCCCUGUACAAGGAAGAGGAGGCGAAGAAGGCGACGGUAGGAGAGGACCAGCCCAUGGCUAACACCGACGAUGUGACUACCAGCAACCAAUCCCAGGAGGCAUCAAGAUGGAGCUUACUGACCACCCACGCCAAUGCCCACGGGCCCUACGAAGUCAACCACAUCACCUGGUGUAGGCGCUACGACGCCGGCUCCGAGCGGCGCGGCGAGGAGGAGAUGCUCGUUACGACAGGCGACGACGGGCUGGUUCGACCGUGGCAGGUCGAAGUGCCUCGGUAG